GUCUCUUGUGCCAUCCAUCAAUUGAAGUUCGUUCAUGCACAUUUGCAACAAUCUUGGAUGAAGAAGCCACCAGUGAGUUCGGAAACUUGUAGACGCCAUUUUCACAUGCACCUUUUAGUAGAAUCACUCCCGUUGUUUGAUCCUUCACAAUAAAAUAAAAUGGGUGAAAUUCAACAAAAACAUUAUUUUGUUUAGUGAAGUGAUGCACAGAAAUUAAGUUUUUGUGAAGAUUGGGAACACAAAGUGUAUCACGAAGGUAAAAUGUCUUUGUAGGUGAGUGUAAGGCUAAUGAACCAACGUGUGAGACUACCAAACCUGUACCAUCACCAAGAAUAACUUCGUCAGUUCCACAAUAUUCAGAAUGAUUUGUCAAAUUUGUAGGGUCACUAGUAAUAUUAUGGGAAGCUGCUGAAUCCAUAAGCCAUUUAUUGUCAGAUGCAUUGGUUGUGGCGGUGCAAUUUGCCAUCAGAUCAUUUGACUGCAGCUGUGGGCAAGACUUUGCUAUGUGACCUAGUUGGUCACAAAACUGACAUUUGGGCUGAAAACGCCUGUUAUUAGACCGGCCCCAAUUGUUAGAUCGACGCUGGUCCUUCUGCUGAGCAUUUGAAUCACGGGCUGAGCCCUGUUGACGAGAAGGUCCAUAGGCCUUGUGAGAACCCUUCGACUGGUGCGAACCAGAAUGGUUGUUUCGCCUGGCCGUGAAAUUCGCAGUAGCAAGGAGCUGCUGUGCCGUCACCUCCAUCCUGUGGAGGUAGUUUUCGUGACUGACGAGGAGGUCAUGUAACUCCUCAAAUGCAAGAGAUUUCUCUCUUGCCCUAAUUGGAGCAGCAAUAUCUCUGAAAUCGGGACCCAAUCCGUUCAAAACGUAGAGAGUGAGAUCAUCAUCCGAGAUGGGGUGAUCGAUGAUGGCGAUUUCAUCAGCAAGUGCUUUCACUGCAUGGAGAUAGUCUGGAAUCGAGCGAUUCCCUCGCUGGAUCAAGGUAAUUUCUUCCUUGAGUUGCAUUGCCCUUGUGCGAGAACGAUUUGCAUACAAUGUUGUCAAUUUCUUCCAUGCCUCAUGGGAGGUUUUUGUCGUAGCAAUGAGAGGAGUUAUGGUAGUGGAUGUCGAAGCAAGGAUUGCACUUAGGAUUAGUUUAUCUUGUCUAGUCCAGUGCGUUUUUUGGUUGGAAGAUGAAGGGGUGCCAUCGGACGAUGGACACUGUGAAGUGCCAUCAACAUAAUCCAUGAGGUCGUAGCCAAUGAGGAGUGCUUCAAAUUGAGCACGCCAUUGGGGGAAGGUUGAGGGUGUAAGUUUCUCAUUAAUUUAAGCAGUGAUAUUGAAAACAACAAGUGGAUUUUCUGUGGUAGAGAAGAGUUGAGCAUUUGGAGUUGGGAUUGGGGAAGACAUGAUGGCGUUUUGGAUCGGAAUCUCGUUAGAGUCUGGUUUGCUCUGAUACCAUAUAGAAACACUGCAAGGAUAUUAAAAUGGAAGCUUUCACCUUAUAUUAUAUUGAAACUUUACAGAGUAAUAUAUACAAGUCUGUGAUCUUACAGCAGUAAAUUCCUAGGAUAUACAUCAGUUACAAUAUUUCAAAAACAGAAAACGUAUGACAGCAAAUAUUCUACAGUGAACAAUGCUGGAACAACUAUAGCUAAAGAAAGCACGGAUUUCACUGCCGAGGAUUUCUCAACUUUAAUGAUUACCAAUUUUGAGUCAGCUUAUCAUCUAUCUCAACUUGUACAUCCCCUAUUAAAAGCAUCUGGAAAAGGGAGAAUUGUCUUUGUUUCCUCUGUAGCAGGCCUAAUAGCUCUACCUCGAUGUUCUAUUUAUGGAGCGACUAAAGGAGCAAUGAAUCAAGUGACAAAGAACUUGGCGUGUGAGUGGGCAAAGGACGAUAUUCGUGUGAAUGCAGUUGCGCCAUGGAUUAUCAGAACCCCACUAAUCGUUGCUCUGGAAGAAGAUCCCCAAUCAAAGAAAAAUGUAACUCAGCUAAUAUCCCGCACUCCUAUUACCCGUGCCGGAGAGCCUAAUGAGGUUUCAUCAGUGGUAGCAUUCUUAUGCCUCCCAGCGGCUUCAUAUGUCACCGGGCAGGUUUAUUGCGUUGAUGGAGGAUACACUGUCAACGGGUUCUAG